GGGAGCUUCUCCAUGGAGAUAGCUGGAAUUGAAUUCUCCCACUUUUCCCUGUAUUUGUUGCAGGAAGGGCAAAACUGCUCAUACUGUUUCAUCUAGGAAAACAGAGACUUUUCUUAUAUUGUGCAUGUUCCUUCCGUCCUUUGGGAUCUGCAUGACCUGGGAGUCAUAAAACAGAGGGUCACCAUGACAAAAAGUGCAAGGGCCAAGAAGCUGUCAAAGAAGGAAAAGGGGAAGGUGCAGUUUAAAGUUGGGAAACCCCUUCCAAAGGGGAAGAACGUGACUGACCUCAGCUUCAAGGCCAAAAAACUUGUCAUUCUUCAGCAGCAUCAAGAUCCCAAUCAUCUCCUACCUGUCACCAAGAAGAAGCAAACACUCAAAAACUUACUGAAGUUGUUGGUUUAUCACAAUGCAAAAGCUCGCAUUGAGGCAUUGCAAGGCAUGGAAGAACUCCUUCGAGACUCUCCUUGGCAUGUCAAGAGCAACUCGGUGGAGGUCAUCGAACAGUCGGCAUUCCUUGUCAAUGACCGCGAAAACAAGGUCCGCAAACAGGCAGUUUGCUUUUUUGAAGCUCUCUUGCCACUUGUAGAGGAGAGGGCGUUAGAGCCACUGUUCCCCAUUCUUACGGCUCACCUGAGCUGUGGGAUGUCGCACCUGGAGCCGAAUGUCCGCUUUGACUCCCUGGCCCUGUUUGACGUGCUUCUGGAUCAUCACCCCUCCCUCCUGGUGCGAAACACAUCCUUGGCCCUAGCCUUCCUGAACCAGAUCUCACGGGAGAAGGACUCAGUCUCCAAGUCCAGGUCGCUUCACGCGAACCCCUCCACGUCCACAUCUGGGGUGCAGUGGUAUGCACGGGUCCUGCACCGCCUCCAGCGAUUCCUCUUUCACCUCUGGACCCUCUGCAAGGAACGGAGUCGGGCCGCAGCCGGAUCUUCCGAACCGAUCCGGACUCUCCGUUGGGAAGAAGGGACGCCUCUGUUCAUCAUCUUGCCAGAAGAUUUUCCUGUGCCUAUCCUUAAUCUCACCAAGAAGGGAUAUCAGGAGAAGAGGAGCAUCUUUGAGGACCCUAUCCAAUGCAGAAAUUACAUGGAUGUCCUCACUCCACUCCUGAUCGAGAUCUGGACCGAAAUCCUUGGCCUUGCUAUCAAGAUCAUGGACCGAUUAGAACUGCCAGAGAAUCAUCUUCCUAUGCUGGAGUGGUGGAAGAAGUUGCAUGGGGCCCCCGUGGAGCGAAAACUGAACGAGGAGAUCCCUUACUGUGUGAGUGAACCCAGAUCGAAGCGGAAAGACUCCCGUUCCUUGGCCCCUCGAGGACUGGAGCUAGACUUGAAUCUGGCUGCUGCCUUUCUCACCUCCAUGCUCGAGCUUCCAUCCGCUUCCCAAACCGUCUCAUCCAUCGAAGGGGCAUUGGAAGAGGGCUAUCGAAGCAAAGAGGUGAUUGAGUUCAUCCUCAACUUGAAUGGAGAGUGGCAGAAAUGCCUCCUUCCAGCAGCUCUCAAGAGGGUCAUUGCAGGUGCAGAAUGCGAUGACGAGGAACGGGAAGCCCUCUCCAAGUUCCUCGUGGCAAGGGUUCUUGCCGACCCCCAUCUGCUCGGGUGA